AUGCCUAGCAUUAUUCGACCCCAGCUUGCCACGUUUUCUCCACCUCCCGUAACCAAUGAAGAUCUGGAUUGGGCGGACUUGGCUGUCAUCGACCUCUCGAAAGCCUCAGACCCGGAUAGCCAGGCAGAAUUGACGAAGAAAGUAUGUGACGCGAUGCACAACCAGGGAUUCUUCUAUGUCAUCAACCACGGUUGGACCGCAGAGCAGACGGCACGGAUGUUCGACAUCGCAAACCUUGCGUUUACGGGUGUUUCCGAGGAGCAGAAGCAAAAAUACUCGUCCAACUUGAAGACGACUGGGUCUUUUCAGGGCUACAAACCACGCCAAUAUUGGAACAUCGACAACGGCGUCAAAGACCAAAUCGAGAUCUUCGGCAUUAACCACCAGGUAACGUUGCGGGAGCACCCUGAAGCAUUGCGUCCAUUUCUUCCGGAAAUUGAGGCCUUGGCUCGCCACACACAUUUUGACGUCAUCCACCCCAUCCUCCGAAUGCUUGCCAAGGGUCUCGAGCUGCCGGAGGACACGCUUGUCGACAUACACCCGUUCGAGUCUCCUUCCGAGACUCCGAUUUAUGAAAUAGUAUGCUACCGGCGAUCACAAGAAGACGAGCAGAAAGCCAAGAACGUGUGGCUUAAGGGACAUACCGGCGAUCCUGGAUCUGUAGACAUCGGCUCGAUCACAGUGCUCUACAGCCAGCCCGUCACCGCCCUGCAGUUCCUCGGAAAGGACGGCAAAUGGCGUUGGGUCAGGCACAUCGAGAACGCCAUGGUGAUCAAUUUAGGGGAUUGCAUGGAGUUUUUAUCUGGUGGAUAUUAUAAAGCAACUCUUCAUCGCGUCGUCCAACCCCCGGAGGAUCAGCGUGUUUAUGACCGUCUCGGGUUGUUUUACUUUCUUCUGGCGCACGACGAUGUUCCCCUCGUGCCGUUCUCGCAGAGCCCGGUCCUGCAGCGUGUCGGCAUCGAAUAUCGUGAAGGGAUUGCGAAGGAGGCCCAGGAGCCGGGUCUCACGGUGAGCGCAUGGCGCAAGCAUAGAACGAGUGUAGCCCAAAAUUUGAAGUCUUUGACGCCGACCCUCCGAGUCCACAACGUUAUCAAUCUAAAGGAUAUGCUGAACAAGUUCAACUUGAAGUGA